UGAUGGUUUUUCAGGUUAGAGACGAGCACGGUGUGAAGCAAUGGAAGAGGGUGGAUGUGAAAGUGGAAGAUCAUGUUCAUGUCCCUAUCUUCCCAGAUGGGUUAUCGCCGGAAUCUUACGAGGAGUACUUGCAAGAAUAUUUGGCCAAAAUAGCCAUGGAAAAGCUCCCACAAAGCAGGCCCUUGUGGGAGAUUCACUUAAUCAAAUACCCAACAAGUAAUGCAGCUGGGACUGUAGUAUUUAAGCUUCAUCAUGCACUGGGUGAUGGCUUCUCACUCAUGGGAGCUUUAUUUAAUUGCUUAAGAAGGGCUGAUAACCCUUCUCUUCCUUUAACAUUUCCUUCAUCAAAGCAGGGUCUCAUCAGUUCUGAUUCCAACAACAGAAGAAGCAGUAUCUUUAAGAGAGUGACUGAUAUUCUCUCAAUGUUCAUCAACACUACCUCAGACUUUGCAUGGAGCAUUCUGAAGAGUAGUUUCGUAGAAGAUGAUUGGACACCAAUUAGGGCUGGCAAUGAGGGGGUGGAGUUCCGGCCCAUCACCAUUUCAACUGUGACAUUCUCUCUUGACCAGAUCAAACAAAUCAAGGACAAGCUUGGUGGGACAAUUAAUGAUGUCAUUACUGGGAUAAUAUUCUACGGAACACGGCUAUACAUGCAAAAUUUGGGUCCUCCAGGUUCUAGCAAUUCACAUUCGACGGCACUGGUGCUCCUAAACACUAGAAUAAUCAAUUCAAGGAGCAUUGUGGGAACAAUUAAUGAUGUCAUUACUGGGAUAAUAUUCUACGGAACACGGCUAUACAUGCAAAAUUUGGGUCCUCCAGGUUCUAGCAAUUCACAUUCGACGGCACUGGUGCUCCUAAACACUAGAAUAAUCAAUAAUUAUCAAAUGUCACUUAAGGAGAUGAUGAAUAAACCAGAUUCAAAGUCACCAUGGGGCAACCAGUUCAUCUUCUUACACGUGUCGAUUCCUGAUUCAGCUGAUGCAGAAAUGACAACAGCUCAAUAUGUUCAUAGCACGCUAAAGAACACGAGCAUGGCGAUCACGAAUAUGAUUGGGCCAAUGGAACAAAUGUCAUUGGCUGAUCAUCCUAUUAGGGGACUGUACUUCAUGGUGGUUGGCGCCCCUCAGAGUCUUGCUGUAACAAUUGUGAGUUACAUGGGAAAGCUAAGGGUGGCAGUGGGGGCAGAGAAAGGUUUCAUAAAUGAGAAAUUGUAUAUUUCUUGCUUGGAAAAUGCCUUCACAAGGAUAUUUAGAGCCGCUGUAUGCAGUCCUUGA